GCUUGUACUUCCGGUGUCACGACCCUCUCCUCUCGCUCUACCAUGCGCGUGUUAGGAAAGUAAUCAUGUUGCUGCUUGUGAAAAACCCAGAAGAGGAAAAAUAACCCGCUUUUGUUACAUGUUCAGCGCUCAAGAGAGAAGAGGAGACUUCCACAGCAAGACGAGGAAUGUGUCAGGAUAGCUGACAAGAAUAAAACCUAAAACAAAAGUAAAAUAGGAAAAGAAACUAGCGAGGUAGUUUGGUAAAAACAGUCGCUAUGGCUCUGUACAUGAAAGCCGCUGAGAUCCUGGAGAAAGCCGAGAGGAAGCAGGGCGCCCUGAAGACCCUGGUUUACGACAGUAAAUUUGGGAACAUCAAGCAGCUUUUCGCUUUGGUCUGUGAGACGCAGAAGUUUUCCGCCAUCCUGCAGGAGAUCAUCGAGACCACCAAGCUGCUCAAACAGACCAAGCUGAAGAUGCACCUGGCCAAGGUGCUGGUCUACGACCUGCUGAUGGGGCAGGGGCUGAAGUGCGGCGGCGCCUGGAAGGCAGUCAUGAUGAAGCAUCGCUCCAGGAUGCAGGCGGUGCUUGCUCGCAUGAAGGUAAAGCAGAAGGUGAGCAGGAACGAGGACCUGCUCCAGGCCGGCGUCAGGCAGAACCCCGGGGACCAGCUACCCAGGUAUGUGCGUGUGAACACCUUGCAGACCACCGUGGAGGAUGCUGUAGACUACCUGAAGAGAGAUGGCUUCACCUACCUGGGACAGGCCUCCAGACUGGAUGACUUGACCCUGGAGGGGAGAGACUUUGUGAAGGACCUACACCUGCCCGAGGUGCUGGUCUUCUCUCCUAGAACAGACUUCCAUGACCAUUUCCUAUACAAAGCCGGCCACAUCAUUCUGCAGGACAAAGCCAGCUGCCUCCCCGCCCAUCUCCUCAACCCCUCACCUGGUUGCCAUGUCAUCGAUGCCUGUGCCGCCCCCGGCAACAAAACCAGCCACCUGGCAGCCAAAAUGAAGAACAAAGGCAAGCUGUUUGCCUUCGAUCUGGAUGCCAAGCGACUCAGCACCAUGUCGACCCUCCUGCUCAGAGCAGGGGUCACCUGUCAGCAGCUGGCCAACCAGGACUUCCUGAAGGUGGAUCCUGACAGCACGCAGUAUAAAGAUGUUGAGUAUAUCCUGCUGGAUCCCUCCUGCAGCGGAUCAGGUAUGGUGUGUCUGCGGGACAACACCUCUGCUGACCAGGAGAAGGAUCAGGCUCGUUUGGCCUCCUUAGCCUCCUUCCAGCUGCGUUGCCUGAACCACGGCCUCAGGUUCCCUCGCCUGAAACGCCUGAUCUACUCCACCUGCUCCAUCCACAGCAAGGAGAACGAGGAGGUCAUAACCGCCUGUCUGCAGCAGAACCCCGGCUUCAGACUGGUUCCUCUGCUGCCUCAGUGGCCUGAACGAGGCCUGGAGCCGCUGACUCAGUGUCUGCGUGCCAGCACCUCCAAGACCCGCACACACGGCUUCUUUGUGGCUCUGCUGGAGAAAUAUGCUGAAGCUGGGAAACUGCAGCAGGAACCAGCCGUCCAGAUAAGUGACUCACAGGUGACGCCACGCAGUCCACCUGCCUGUGAGAAGAGACCUGCAGCGUCUUCAGAAGAGUCUGAAGCUUCAGAGACAGAGGACAAACCGACGCCUGCUGCAGGGCAGACUGACAGUACACCAGGGAAGAAGAAGAGGAGGAAGAGGAAAAAGAAGAAGAAGAAGGCGGCAGCAACAGCGGAGUGAUAAGAAAUGUAAAAUGAGACUGCUACAGCAUGUUGUCUGGAGGGAACGCUCUACAAUGGCUGGCUUUUCACAGCAGACAUUUUGACUCAUGGUAGUAGGAAGCCUAAGUGUUAUUAAUAACACUAACGAGGGCUCAGUUCUAUGUCUAUGUGUGAAAUAAUCCUGUGGAGAUAUAUGUGGAGGAUGUAACUGAGAAGUAAAGAUUGUUUUAAUGUACAA